CCCACGACCAGACACGGGCAGCUCCACUCCCAGAUAGUGAGGCAGUUACCACCUUUGUAUCCGCUCCUGCUGCGGCGCCCCUGGCCCAGCAAAUCUCAUCCGGAUCCCGCCUGCAACUCCCCGGCUCGAUUGAAACCUCAAUUCAGGCCCUAGUUCUCUAUUCAACUGAUGUGGAUAUUUCUCUCUCCGCUGGCUCAACGUCGGAGAUGUCUACGCUACCAUGAUUAACAGGAUGUAGGUGGGAAGGCGAUGACAGAUACAGAGGCAGCAGUGGGAGUGACCCAUGUCGUGGAAGACGCAAUGAGGAUGACUGGAUGUGGAAGCUGCGGAACAUACAUGAUCCUGGAGGGGGUACCUGGGAAUGACAAGAACUGACCUCACUGUGCCCUGAACUAUUCUGAGUGUUACACCUUCGCUUCUGCGCAGAACUGAAAGCUGCAGGGGCAGAGGAAUCGGAGUGACUCUCGCUACAGCCGGGGAGGCGCGGAUCAGAGGUGAUCAGAGCAACCUGUGUGUGUCAGUGGAGAGAUGCGGGAAACAGCAGAUUCUACUGAGCAGAGUCCGCAAGGAGAGGUGCACCCCACUUGUAAUGGAGACCCUGAGACAGGAGGGGAGAUGGAAACUCGAAAUAAUCCUCAACAAGAACAAUUAUUAAUGGAGUUGCCAAGUAGGAAUGGAGAUGUAAGGAGAGAACAAGACCCAGGUUCUCAAUCUCCCUUCAGGGACCCAUUCGUGCGUAAAGUCCUGAUCUGUGUCUCCAGUAUGGCAGUGGUUCUGUUCUUUGCCGUCAUUGUUUUGGCUGCAACUCUGCCAGGGGUACCAUCAAGGGCACCUGUGGCCUGCCCCAAUGGCUCGGUCACGUUCCAAGGGAAAUGCUACUAUUUCUCAGAGACCGAAGGGAACUGGACCUACAGCCGGAGCCGCUGCUCUGCACUGGGUGCCUCCCUGGCUGGGAUCGACACACAGCAGGACAUGGACUUCAUGCUCCACUACAGAGGCCUCAGGGACCACUGGCUUGGCCUCCGGAAGGAGACGGACCAGCUCUGGACAUGGAUGAACGGCACCAAAUUCAACAGCUGGUUUAAAAUCGGAGGGGGAGGGGAGUGCGCGUAUCUGAAGGAAGCAAAAGCCAUCAGCUCCUCGCGGUGCUCUAUGGAGAGACACUGGAUCUGCAGCAAACCCCACAUGUGUGCAAAGGUUUAGCACAGCACUGGGCAGGGGGCUGAAGGCUCAACCCUGAAGAGACGGGCCAUCAUUGAUGCUGACGGGCUCGGAUGUUUCUCUGGCUAAUGAGAGCAUUUGCAGUCAUGCUAGUGAGGACUAAACCAAAAAGCAUCUGAGAUGGGCCAGACACUUCUGCUUCAGAGCAUAAGAUCCCUAUCCUUGGGAGUAAACUUUCCGUAAUGGAUGAGUGAUCUCUUAACAGUCCAUUAGCUGACCUGCCCUUUCCUCUGAAUCAGCUGGUACUGGCCACUCAGACAGGAGACUGGACUGGAUGAACUGGCGAUUCCUGAACCAGCCGGUUCUCACCUGAGGCCCCUUCCUCUGGUAUGUCUGGGCACCAAGACAGGCAAAUAAGGACCAAAUUCUGAGCCACCUUUCAGGGAGCAGUUUUGAUCUCAUCUUCCCAUUGAGCCGCCUCAAUGCCACGGAAUCGCUUCCACAACCAGCCCUUCCAGCUGUAAUGAGCCUCCUGCUUACCUGAGCUUCCAGUCGUUGGCCUGGUCCACGCUACAGAGAGAGGGCGACGUAAGGCAGCUUAUGUCGACCUAAUUAUGUCAGUGUCCACACUACAGCCUUGCUCCCACCAGUGUAAGUGCCCUACUGCACUGACGUCAUAACUCCACUGGCACGGCAGGCGUAAGGCUUCUGUCUGUGUAGUUAGAGCGGCACAGUGUCCCUGUAGACACCAAGUUACGUCGUUCUUGUCAAUUUCACAGCUGCCUGCUGGAGCCAAGAAAUUGACAAGAUAGGCUGGUAGGCCCCUGCUGUGAACCUCAUACCUGGCCCUUAGCUAGGGCUGUCACAACCAGGUGGGUGGGGGGCUCCCCACUCCUAAGCAGGCUGUUGCCUGGUCUACCCUCUCCUAGCCGGGCUGCUUAGAACCCGGCAGGAACCCCUGCGGGGAGCCAGGCUCUCAGCAAAUCCGCAAAUCCAAUGCUCUGGCUCGCGCUGUGUGCUCUGAUUGACAGGGGAUGUACCCUGUUCCUCCUCCGGUGGGUAAUAGGUCGACUUAAGUUUGUAGCUUCGACAUGACCUUAGUCUCUCUGAUCUGGGGACCGAGGAAUGUUUUGGAGGGCAGCAAUCUCUGAUCAAGAAUGACCCAAGACGAUACCAUGCCUCAUAGUAGCUUCUCCACUGUUGUGAGGGGCAGGGGCGGGGAUCAGUUGGAAUUCAGCUUAUCCUAAGUUACUGGGCUCAAUGCAGGAAUCGCUGGGUGAGCUUCUCUGCUUUGUUAGGCAGAAGGUCAGGCUAGAUGGUCAUAAUGGUCUUUUGUGACCUUGAAACCUGAGCUGUUUGGUUUUGGGAAGAAUGGGAAGCUGAGAGGUGGCUCUGGAUAACCAUGCAACUGUUCUGAUUUCCUACCUCUGCGCUUUACUAGCUGCUGCAGAAAGGAGGUCUUGUCUCGUGCAGCUGAUAAUCUGAGAUCAACCCGAAGUGCACUGCAUCUUAACGCUGAGCCAUGGACUCCUCUUAUGUUUAUUUUUAAGUCUUUGUAAACUGUGAUUUACUUAAUUAUGCUAUUUAUCACUAAGCUAUAUAUUUUUUGACAGCCCUUUUUUGCACAGUAUUUAUAAUAGGCUGUCAUGCUGUAAAUGAAGCAUUAUCGUUGGACGUGGUUUUGUAUUGCAAGGUAACUUAAUUGCAGUGUUAAGAUUAAUGAUGCCUGACUAGUAUUGUGCUGAUGGCUGUACAAACCUCACUGAGACUAAUGGGUGUGAAUGGACCUUUCGAUUAACAUAACUGUCAGAAUAAGGUCAUUGCAAGCCCUUUCCCCAGACACACAGUGUAUGUGACCCUGUCUGAGACUUCUGUACUAAAUGGGUGGCAGGGUUUUGCCAGUUUCUGGAGGGGUGGGUGCAGAACACGGGGAACUACAGAGCUACACAGACAGCUGGAAGGAACAGCUGAAAGCAAGGCGUCUGAGCCUGGAGUGAGGUUUUGGGGUCAGAGGUGCAGGCUGAAAAAUGUGUUCCUGGUGCUGUGAGCAAAAUAAGCUGUUUCCUGCUACCUGUUUUCUCCGGUGUCCAGGGAAACGGGUCCUUUGUACUGGUUUUGUAAAUAAACAAACCUUCAUUAAAUAAAUAAUGGCUUCUCA